UCUACCUAAUAUUCUGAUGUCCUACUGUGGUCCAAAUACCACCAGAGGCAGUCUGGCUACAUUAACUAGCUGCGUGUCCGUGGCUCUCGUCUCUCGGCUGAUGCUUAACCUGCACAAAUCUGUCGACACAGGCAUCCUUACCACCCCCGUCCGGAAUGAUAACGGUGACUACGUCCUUACCACCAGGAUCGACGUAGAACAGUCCGCAAUUGCCUCUUCGAUCGCUAGGUUGAUAUUAGGUCAUGUUUCUAGAUGCGAAUAUUCUUAUUGGAAGUAGAAAGUGUUAAUCAAUAUCAGGG